GGGUGGGUCCACCACUUCAUAUGUAUUCUAAUCUUUUGUCUGUUCCUACCUGGUGUGGAGCCUAGAGGGUUCUGGUCUGGUGAUCUUCCUUUUUUUGGCUCCCUUCUCCAACCUGCACAGCCCCUCCCUCUCUCAGCCGCAGCCUUCUGCCCUUCCCCCACCUUCUGGCUGCCGCACUGGCUGCUGCGUCUAGUCAAUAUCUUAUCUUCGGAGCAGGAGCUAGGAGCAAGGAGCCAUUCACAGCCUGAGCAGACCCCAUGCUGGAGUGAGAAGCAUUGCUCAGUCCACUGUGCUCCUGCCUGCCUGCUUUUCUGCUAAGCAUUAGGGUCUGUUUUGGCUCAGCUUCUGAAGAGGUUGUUGUGUGUGCUGUUGGAGGAACUAUAUUGAGUGACUUUGCAGGGUGGUGACAGCAUGGAGUCCCUCUUCCCUGCCCCAUUCUGGGAAGUCUUGUAUGGCAGUCACUUUCAAGGCAACCUGUCUCUCCUAAAUGAUACUGUACCCCACCACCUGCUGCUCAAUGCUAGCCACAGCGCCUUCCUGCCCCUUGGACUCAAGGUCACCAUCGUGGGGCUCUACUUGGCUGUGUGCAUCGGGGGGCUGCUGGGGAACUGCCUCGUCAUGUAUGUCAUCCUCAGGCAUACCAAGAUGAAGACAGCUACCAACAUUUAUAUAUUUAAUCUGGCACUGGCUGAUACCCUGGUCUUGCUGACACUGCCCUUCCAGGGCACAGAUAUCCUAUUGGGCUUCUGGCCAUUUGGGAAUGCACUGUGCAAGACUGUCAUUGCUAUUGACUACUACAACAUGUUCACCAGCACUUUCACUCUGACGGCCAUGAGUGUAGACCGCUACGUGGCCAUCUGUCACCCUAUUCGUGCCCUUGAUGUUCGGACAUCCAGCAAAGCCCAGGCUGUUAAUGUGGCCAUAUGGGCCCUGGCCUCAGUGGUUGGUGUUCCUGUUGCUAUCAUGGGCUCAGCACAAGUGGAGGAUGAAGAGAUUGAAUGCCUGGUGGAAAUCCCUGCCCCUCAGGAAUAUUGGGGCCCGGUAUUUGCCAUCUGCAUCUUCCUCUUUUCCUUCAUCAUCCCUGUGCUGAUCAUCUCUGUCUGCUACAGCCUCAUGAUUCGGCGGCUCCGUGGUGUCCGUCUGCUUUCAGGCUCCCGAGAGAAGGACCGGAACCUGCGGCGUAUCACACGGCUGGUGCUGGUGGUGGUGGCUGUGUUUGUGGGCUGCUGGACACCUGUGCAAGUCUUUGUGCUGGUCCAAGGACUGGGUGUUCAGCCAGGUAGUGAGGCUGCAGUAGCCAUCCUGCGCUUCUGCACAGCCCUGGGCUAUGUCAACAGCUGUCUCAACCCCAUUCUCUAUGCUUUCCUGGAUGAGAACUUCAAGGCCUGCUUUAGAAAGUUCUGCUGUGCUUCUUCCUUGCAUCGGGAGGUGCAGGUUUCUGAUCGUGUGCGCAGCAUUGCCAAGGAUGUGGGCCUUGCUUGCAAGACUUCUGAGACAGUACCACGGCCGGCAUGACUAGGCGUGGACCUGCCCAUGGUGCCUGUCAGCCCACAGAGCCCAUCUACACCCAAUACGGAACUCACACAGGUCACUGCUCUCUAGGUUGACCCUGAACCUUGAGCAUCUGGGGCCUUGAAUGGCCUUUCUUUUGGAUCAGGAUGCUUAAUCCUAGAGGAAGACCUUGUAACACCAUGGGACAGGUCCAAGCAUCAAGGUGGCCUCUGAGGCCUCUGUCAGAUUAGGCUCCCCACUCCGGUGUAAGACCAGAGAGGACUAAAGGACACUCCAUGGAAACAUCCAUAACACAGUGGACAUGCCUGGUGAACCCACAUAGGUAUUCAUGCUUCACUCGACUCUUCUCUGGCCUCUCCCUGCUGCCCUGGCUCUAGGUGGACUCAACCUGAGAUAUUGCAGUGAUCAUGUAGUCAUGUUUUAUGCUAUUGCCCUCAGCCUUUAAGUAUUUCCAUAGGACUGCUGAAAAUACUUGGUGUUGCCUGGUGCUGCAGUGGGCAGUGCCCUAAGCUUGGAACUGCCUUGGAGCAUUUUCUGGUUCUGACUCCACUGAUACAGCCAGAUUACCUGAGGUGGGUGGGCAUCAGUGGGUUCUUGGUUGGCUAUUUUCUGAAAAUUCUCUCUAUGCUCUACUGUGAAGUCUGUGAAGGGGACUUCACUUGCCACUGCCACUGCCUAUUCUGACUGUGGCUCCAACAUAGGCCACCUUCCCAGCAAGAGGCCAAUAGGGGACUUUCCCUCCAAAACCACUGUGAACUCUUGUACCACAGACUGCUUGACAAGCUCUGCAGCUCUACUUCUAGGUGUGUGGGAGGUAAUCAGGAGAAAGCUGCUGUGUGGCCUCUGUAGGCUGCUCACAACAUAGAGGCAGCAUGUACUGGUCUUGGCUGCUUAGUAAGAGCAGAGCAGAGCAGAAGAAUAUGCUCUGUUCUCAUUCCCCACAACCUCCCUCAGCUCUCUGGCAGUCUCUCUUUUACUUGACAUUGGAGGUCAGCAGUUGUACUACUAGAAGCAUACUUGUAGCUGGGAACGGUAGCAGUCAGGAUGUGUUCUGUUCUGUACCUAUAGUGACUACCUGCUUCAUUUACAGGCCUUAGGACAUAUUUGAGUAAGUCCUGAGCUUGCUGCCAAAUUGGAAGUUGGCAUCAAAUAAAGAGCCUAAAAUGGCUCAUUUGAGCCAAUCUGCAAGGACCAAGGGAUUUGGGGACAUUGGAAAAGAGUCUGUAUCUUGGAGAUCUAUUUGAUGGUUCAGAGACUAAGAGGCCUUGUAGAUGUUCUUUCUGUGGAUCAGUUACCAAAAUAAUAGCAACCUUGGAUAGACUUUGGUCUUCCACUGAGACCUUGGUUAGGUGACUUCACACAGUGUAGAACCUGGGCUAGUUCCUGUCUCAGAGAGACUUGGCCUUAACAAUCUUAAUGAGGAGACCAAGACUCUUUCUGUGACAUUUGGGUGGGAACCAUUAGCUAUAGCGUUUUCUUGCCAAGGUUAAAAACUUUGUGAAUUUGUACAUCUUCAUGUAUUUAAGCAUGCAACAAGUGUCAUUUCCAUGCAUGUAGCCAGCCCUGCACCUGCCUCUGGAGUAAUGAAGGAGUGUCAUAAUAAACACUUACCCAGUGA